UCAUACAAAGGUGUUUAAGAAAAGGCGCAUGUGUUCCUGUGUGUACGUUGCACAGUCCCAUUCCCACUGUCCACAACGUGAGACAGAGGUUGUGUCCGUGAGCCCAAAGCCCCUCAGCCGUUCACACAAAUCCUAUUGGUCUGCCUCCGGGGUAGCAGCGUAUAGACAGAGUGAGAAAGAGUGUCAGCGAGCUAAGAACGGGAAGAGGAGGGGCUUUUGGACUCCAUAACAACACUGGCGGGAGAGAGACUGUAGAGGAGAGAGAGAAUGCGGCAGAGGGAGAGAGCAGACCAUCACUGGCCGACUGUCGGAGAUAUGGGAUAAGGACGGAUACUUUCUAAUUUGAUCUGGCAUUCCUCUGCUUUACGUUCUCUUCUGUUGUCUAAUCUUUUCUGUCACUUCAGUCUUUUCUCCAUCACUCUUUCCGUCCCUUGGUCUCACUCUCCCUUCUCACUACGUCUUUCUUUGUCGUCUUUAUUUCUCUGUUCUCCAUCCCGGUUUGCUUCUAUCUCUGUUCUCCUCUUCCUCACCUAUGACAACCUCACAGUGAGCUGCUCCUUCCAUCUCCUCAUCUUCCUGUCUGUCUCUUGUCCUCACCAUCCUUUUUUGUCUAGAUUGUUUUUAUUUCUUUGCACCUAUCUGUCAUCCAUCCAUCUCUGUGGAGUGAGGAUGCCAGUUCUGGAUGGGCUCUGGGGCCCAGAUAUCAGGCUUCGGGACACUGGCCUUGGUGUUGACGUUGGAGUGUGUCCAGAUGAGGCUCCUCGCUCACCAGUCUGGGGUCCUCUCAGGACACCUCCGGUUACCUGUGGUGGCCUCUCAUUGGCUCUGGAGCUUCCAGCUCUCAUAAGACAACUUCGGGCAGCCUGGAGGGCACGUAGGGGAGGCCCCCGGGGGCCGGAGAGAGGUCAGACCAGCUCGUGGGUUGAGACAGGGAAGGAGGAUUUUGAAGAGGUGAAGCAGGACGGAGAGGAGAGGAGUGCACAUGUAGAAGCUGAUGGCAGACUGAGCACUGGUCAUGCUGGUGUGUUGCUGGCUGAGAGAAGAGGCUCGUACCCUUUGAUCGACCUGCAUAUCCUCAACACCAGCGCCCAGCAGGGGGAAGUAGAGUCUUGCACCAGGAGAAAGGUGAAGCGUCUGCUGAGCUUCCAGAGAUACUGCCACGCAUCCAGGCUCCUCAGGGGUUUGGUGCCCCACACACCUGGGUCCCUGCACCUACUGGAUGACGACUACCUGGGACAGGCUGGGCACAUGUUGUCAAAAGUCAGCGCAUGGAACUUUGAUAUUUUCCUCUUUGAUCGUCUAACAAAUGGUAACAGCCUGGUGACUCUUAUGUGCCAUCUCUUCAAUGUUUACGGUCUCAUCCACCACUUCCAGCUGGACAUGGUCAAACUGCACAGGUUUCUGGGCAUGGUGCAGGAGGACUACCACUCCCAGAACCCCUAUCACAAUGCUGUUCAUGCUGCUGAUGUCACUCAAGCCAUGUACUGCUACCUGAAGGAGCCCAAGCUGGCAGGACAGCUGAGCCCUCUGGACGUGUUCCUGGGUCUUAUGGCAGCAGCUGCCCAUGAUGUGGACCACCCCGGAGUCAACCAGCCUUUCCUCAUUAAGACCAGACACCACCUGGCCUCCCUCUACCAGAACACGUCAGUGCUGGAGAGUCACCACUGGAGGUCCACUGUGGGCAUGCUGCGCGAGUCAGGACUGCUGUCCCACCUGCCGGCUGAUAUGUCACAGGACAUCGAACAGCAGCUAGGCUCUCUCAUCCUGGCCACUGACAUCAGCAGGCAGAACGAGUUCCUGUUGACCUUCAGAGAACAUCUGGACAACCAGGACCUGGACCUUCAACUAGCUUCACAUAGGCACUUUAUAUUACAGAUUGCUCUGAAGUGUGCAGACGUCUGUAAUCCAUGUCGUGUUUGGGAGCUGAGCAGACAGUGGAGUGAACGAGUGUGUGAGGAGUUCUACAGGCAGGGUGAUCUGGAGAAAAAGUUUGACCUGGAGAUUAGUCCUCUGUGUAACCAGCAGGCUGACACUGUCCCAGCAAUUCAGACAGGGUUCAUCUCUUACAUCGUGGAGCCUCUGUUUGAAGAAUGGCAGCGCUUCACUGAGCCCAGCCUGCUCAGCCAGACCAUGAUGGGUCACCUGCACAAGAACAAGGCCCGCUGGAGCCGCCUCCGAUUCACACAUCCAACCUCCGAGUCGCAGAUGCAGCCCCAUGUUGAGGAGGACCCUGAGCCCGAAGGUGGAGGAGGAGGAGGAGGAGGAGGAGGAGGGGGUCACGAGGAAGAUGUACCAUAACCGCCCUCUCGGGUUCAUGAGGCGUUUAAUGUUCCUUUAUAAAUGGAGGAGAGGAGUUUUUCUCCACCUCCUUGUUUUUCCUCCAGCCUGUUGUCUAUUGCUGGUGGCUGUCGACAGGCGCCAAACGUAGGAGCGCUGGAUGGGAUUGUGGCCUGGGUUGGUGUUACAUGUCUCCCUCUGCUGGAGACGAGCACUGUUGAACAGCAGCAAAAACAUAAAGGAGGAGACAGAUGGAUCAUCUUAGUAAAUAAACGCUAAAUUGACGAGUCAUAAGUUGCUUUUUAACCCUGUGAUAUUAUAUUCUUGAAAUACCCGUGAAAAGGCAGGGGACAGAGUUGAGACGAUGUAGCCGAUGGUAAAAGAAGGAUGAAAGAAGAUGAAAUGACAUGGGACAAUGCUGCUAAAACUAUAAAGAAAUAAAAAAGCCAAAAUUAUUUACAAGUCAGCUGGACUGUUUUUGGAAAAGAUAUAUAUGAAAGAAGAGGAUUAUACGACUAUAUCCACUAUACUAUGCUUUUUAAAGUUUUAGACGAUACAUAUUAAGCGGUUUUCACUUUUUCUUAUUUUGUACAGCCUGCACUUAUAUUGGAUGCUCUUUCAUACAUGUGUCUCGCUUGUCUUUUUUCACUGAAGUGCGUUUUUAACUCGAGCACUAAGUCACCAGAGGUACUGUAAACUGUCAAAUGUAUUCUGUUUCAAUGGUUUCACUUGUAAGACUCACUGAACCUGACCUUCACCGUUAAUGACUGACGUGAAGCGACUUCGGCUGACAACAGUUCAGACCCGCAGAGCUGCUUCAACACCGAUAUCAACUGUCAGCUGAGUAUUGUUCCGUGCAAGACGAGUCACCGGUGCAGAGAACACAAACAAGAGCCAUUUAUUCAAGUCUUUGUGUUCACGUGCAAGAGAACAAAGUCUGUUAUUUACGGUAUAAAUCGUACACACUGUGGUGGUGUACAACCUCAGCAAUUCAUAUGCCAAAAUCUGAACAAAUGGAUUCAUAUAAAACAGAAAAUAUACGUGUCCUGACACUGGCGUUACCUCUGCAACAACUUUAUGGGUGCAUUUAUUUCUCGGAAGAACCUCACAUUACAAGUACAUCUGCAACAAAGCCUUAACAGCACUUCGGUCUGUCCGUCCGUCAAACACUUUCUACUAGUGUUUUGCCAUUUUCUGGACAAGCACACACACACAUACACGAUAUGUGUCAUAGCCUGUUUCCUGUUUGGUCUUCAGUUGAGUCUUAAACUCAGUGAGUAUAUCCAAGGUGCCAACGUACUGUUCUGAUACAUCAACUCACUGCUCUCUUACCUCUGUACUGCUUUUCUAUGUUUUCCACUUGUGCUGUACUUGUGGAUGCUGCAGGCACCGUGUGCACUGUAUCUUAUGUCAUGGACAGACUUGGGCCAAUUAGUAGCUGCAAUUAUGUCCGAUGACUAUUAUAUAUUGAUAUCAUUAACCAUAUGUUAAUCUGAUGUAGCCAUUUAGAUACAUCUAAGAUAAAAAUAUACAAUUGUUGAAUCAGUUAUCUUAAUUCGUAAUCUCACCCAUAUAUGGAGCUAAUGUAAAACAAAAAAAAAACAAAAAAAAAACUUGAAUAUUAUUUGUACAUGCUACUUGGUCCAAGGAAAAAGCAAAAAAAAGGUCAUUUUAAAGCUCUGUUCUGUAUAUGUGUAAAUUAGUAUUUCACAGUAAGGUUUGGCACGUGGUGCUAACACACACACACACACAUAUACAAACAUACACACACACACACACAUAUACGUACAUACACACACACUGAUGCUCCAUGUCUUCCCUGAGCUACAGAGAAAUAACUGAAGCUUUAUGAUUCUAACACCCCAGCCACAUAAAAGUAUCUCAUGAAACAUGUUCAGUCAGAUAAUCAGAAGUCAAACAUGGAAAAGAUGGGCCAUAAAGAUAACAAUCAACUGACAUUUUUGUUUUGUUUUGUUUUUUAAGUCACACUAACUGUAAUACAUGCAUCAUUUCACUCAUUACUGUUUUUACAUUAUUACUGUAGCAGAUACUCGCAAACAUCCUCUGAAUAGACCUGUUUUCAUCUAUUUCAAGAUGCAUAUUCAGUUUUUAUUGUCUUUUGCACAUCUUUAGAUUUUUAAUUUUAUGCACCUUCCUCUCAGCUCUGCAAACCUGCUUUUUUUUUUUUUUUUUUUUAACUACUUUUUUUAAUGUAAACGUCUGUUUGCUGCCUACAGGUACAGUAUUUCAUCCUUCGAGAUCGCAGGCUGCCUUGUAUUUGAAUACCUCUCAGAUUCAGCACUGAUACAGGGUCACUGAGCCAUACUGGUUUAACUACUACUACUACUAUUAUUACAAGUAUGUGUCUUUAAAUACAACUUUUGUACAUCAAGAGUGUUAUAAUGCCAGAUUUAUCGUAUUUAUUGUCUUAAAAUACUUGUACUGUGAUUGUCAAAGAGAUUAGACCCAACUGUUAUUUGACAUAUGUGGGUUUCCACAGGGAAUGGCAAAAAAUGUAAGAAAUAUACACCUGUCUGUAAACCGUGCCUGGUUUUUACACCAAUGCACUGCAGUUAAAGUAUGUGUUUUCUUUCCUGUUUCCCUCUAAAAAUGGCCAUCCAAGUUCAGUAAUAACCACUGUGUUCAAAUAAAUGAUCAUUUGGUUCAUUUCUAUCCCAUACUGUACAGAAUCACUCGCAUGAUCACUUUUUUAGGGUACCUUUCCUCAGAUUGUGAAUAAAUUAACUGGUGAGUCAUCGCCGUUCCCUGUUUGACAUGUACAGUCAUGUUUGUUCAGUGCCAGAAAAGUUUCAAAGCUGGUAUUUACCUUUUUUUUUUUUUUAAUUUUACUUUAUUUUUUUGUAAGUGGCCUGCAACAAAAAUGUAAAGGAUGAAAUUCUGACAGGAGUUUGUAAUGUUUCAGGGUACCUUAAGGACUGUGAAGAAAUAGUAAUAAUUGGCUUUGUGAAUAUUGUAGCAUUUUUAACCGAAUCCUUUCAAACUGAGGCCAAAAUAAAACACAUACUCUGUUAUUCUGACUAACAGUGUUUGUCUGCGGUCUCAUAAAGUCACCUGAUUUGACUCUUAUUUUGAUGUUUGGAAGUUCUGACAUCUUGACUGUAUGUUUCUGUUCUGACAAACAACCUCUGAGCACUGUGAAAAGAAAUACAUGUUUGGAUUCUUUUUUAAAAAUUAAAAUCCGGUGCAUUAUUAAAUCUUAA